AUGGGUUAUGAAAGCAAGGGAAGAGAGGGAAUCGGAACCAUUUACAGAAGGGUACCGAAGGAAUCUUCAAGUUGGUCUUUAGCAGGAAAAGCUUCACAGGGAUUAGCUUCGAAAGAUGUAGCACAGCGAGACAGAAAGACUGACAAAAAGUAUAAAGAAGGAAAGGGCCGCGAGGCGGAUACCGUCGUUCCAGUGACAACUUGGACAGGACGUGAAGAGAUUGAGCAUGAACAACAUUAUCAACUCCUACUGGAGGAAAUAGGCACUACUGUUGUCUCAUCACGUGCCAAGGAAGGGAUUACUGUUAUACGCGACUGGAACAACCUGAAUCAGUCGACAAUAUGGUAG